UCGAUUGCGGAGGCAAAAAUAUUUCGGUAAUAGCCGCCCUGGCCAAUCGACCUGUUAUGGGUAUUGUACAAGAUACUUUGACGGCCGUGCGUAAAAUGACGAAACGAGACGUGUUUUUGGAAAAAGAACAAAUGAUGAAUAUUCUGAUGCAUUUACCGAGCUGGAAUGGUAAAAUGCCCAUACCCUGUAUUUUGAAACCGAAACCGUUGUGGUCUGGUAAACAGAUCUUCUCUUUGAUUAUUCCCGGAAACGUAAACAUGAUCAGAACUCACUCGACUCAUCCUGAAGAAGAAGACGCUGGACCAAAUAAAUGGAUCUCCGUUGGAGACACCAAAGUAGUCGUCGAACACGGUGAACUAAUUAUGGGUAUUUUGUGUAAGAAAACACUCGGUGCUUCAGCUGGUUCGUUGUUGCAUAUUUAUUGGCUGGAAUUGGGACACGAAGAUUGCGGUAUUUUCUACGGUAAUAUUCAAACCGUGGUCAAUUACUGGCUGUUGUACGAAGGCCACUCGAUUGGUAUUGGUGACACUAUUGCUGAUCCCCAAACGUAUCAAGAGAUCCAGAAAGCUAUUAAAAAAGCCAAAGACGAUGUAAUAGAGGUGAUUGCCAAAGCUCAUAAUAUGGAAUUGGAACCUACGCCUGGUAACACGCUUAGGCAAACUUUCGAAAAUCAGGUCAACAGAAUUCUAAACGAUGCUCGUGACAAAACUGGAGGUUCUGCUAAAAAAUCGUUAACUGAGUAUAAUAAUUUAAAGGCUAUGGUGGUAGCCGGAUCCAAAGGUUCAAAUAUUAAUAUUUCGCAGGUUAUUGCUUGCGUAGGUCAACAGAACGUUGAAGGUAAACGUAUUCCUUUUGGAUUCCGUAAACAAACGUUACCGCAUUUCAUCAAAGAUGAUUACGGUCCUGAAUCUAGAGGAUUCGUAGAAAAUUCCUAUGUAGCCGGAUUGACUCCUUCGGAAUUCUUCUUUCACGCUAUGGGAGGUCGUGAAGGUCUUAUCGAUACUGCUGUAUAAACAGCCAAAACUGGAUACAUCCAACGUCGUUUGAUAAAGGCUAUGGAGUCUGUUAUGGUCCAUUACGAUAGCACAGUUCGUAACUCGGUUGGCCAACUUAUUCAGUUACGUUACGGUGAAGACAGUUUGUGCGAAGAAAUGGUAGAGUUCCAGGCCAUAAACACCAUUCAACUUUCGCACCGGAAAUUUGAAGAGAAAUAUCGAUUCGAUCCGUCUAACGAAAGGAUUUUCAACGAAGACGUAGUUCGCGAAUUGAUGGGCAGUGGUGAAGUUAUCGCUGAACUGGAGAAAGAAUGGGCUCAGUUGAACAUGGAUCGUGAAAAUCUACGCGAAAUUUUCCCCUCCGGCGAGAACAAAGUCGUAUUGCCUUGUAAUCUCAAACGUAUUAUAUGGAACGCUCAGAAAAUGUUCCAUAUCAAUGAACGUGUACCCACCAAUGUGAAUCCACUGAAAGUUAUUCAAGGUGUUAAAGAAUUGCUGGAUAAAUGCGUUAUCGUGGCCGGAGAACAUGUGCUCAGCAAGCAAGCCAACACAAACGCUACGCUUUUGUUCAGGGAUUGAUAAGAUCCACUUUAUGUUACAAAACUAGUUUCAGAAAAAUAUCGUCUGUCUUCCGAAGCAUUCGAAUGGUUAAUCGGUGAAAUCGAACAUAGAUUCCAUCAAGCUCAGGUACAACCUGGUGAAAUGGUGGGAGCAUUGGCUGCCCAAAGUUUAGGAGAACCGGCCACGCAGAAACUGAAUACUUUCCAUUUUGCUGGUGUGUCUUCGAAGAACGUAACCUUGGGUGUACCCAGAUUGAAGGAAAUCAUCAAUAUCAGUAAAAAACCAAAGGCUCCGUCAUUGACGGUAUUCUUGACCGGUGCAGCAGCUUGUGACGCAGAGAAAGCUAAAAACGUAUUGUGUCGUCUGGAACAUACCACAUUAAGAAAGGUCACCGCUAAUACGGCCAUUUACUACGAUCCGGAUCCUGAAAACACUGUCAUCAAGGAAGAUCAAGAGUUCGUUAACGUUUACUACGAAAUGCCGGAUUUCGAUCCGACCAGAAUAGCGCCUUGGUUGUUGCGUAUUGAAUUGGAUCGUAAACGAAUGACAGAUAAAAAAUUAACUAUGGAAGCGAUCUCGGAAAUCAACGCUGGAUUCGGCGAAGAUUUGAAUUGUAUAUUUAACGACGAUAACGCCGAGAAGCUUAUCCUACGAAUACGUAUCAUGAACAGCGAAACCAGUAAAUUACACGAUGGCGAAGAGAAUCUCGAUAAAAUGGAAGACGCCAUGCUUUUGAGAUGUAUCGAAGCGAAUAUGUUAUCAGACAUGACCCUACAAGGUAUCGAAGCCAUCAGCAAAGUGUACAUGCAUUUACCUCAAACUGAUUCCAAGAAACGUGUCAUUAUCACCGAAAGCGGAGAAUUCAAAGCCAUUGCUGAGUGGUUUCUGGAAACUGACGGUACCAGUUUAAUGAAGGUGACACAAAGUCCGACCGAAAGCGCAUGCAAAAUAAUGAACAUCACCAGUUAACAUUUGAAAUUCUAAAUUGCAUUUUUCAUUUUUUUUUUUGAAUUUUCAAUUUUUGAAAAUCAGUUUGGCUAAAAUUGAGAAUAAAAUACAUGAAAUCAAAAGUUUACCAACUCGACCUUGAAAGCUGAAAAUUUGGGAUAUACCAUAUUUUUGACCUACCAAAUCGAUUGAAAACCAUUACAAAUUGUUGCAAGUAGUUUUGAAACAGUCAGCAAAUUUUUAAAUUUCAAAAUUUCAAAAAUUUUCACAAAAUGAAAUUAUAAACUCGAAAUGCACUCUGAGCCUUGAUUUCAGGAUGAAGAAUCAACUUUCAACUAAGUAUUUCAUAUUUGCAAAUACCACCCAGUAGCGAUGAAGUUAACUCGAAAUACCAUACCGAUUCAAAAAACGAUUCAUCGCUCUAAUUUCUUGUUCAAAUAACUCACAAGGGAACCUCUUGAGGUGUCCGCCUCCGAUUUGAACGGGACCGCGAUUUUUGGAAAGAGCAUGUUCUAAAACCCCCAAAACCAAAUUUUCAGCUGCCCAAGUUCAUUUUUCGAUUUUUUGGCGAAUUUUUGAAAAUUCAAAAUUGACUGUUUUUGGCGAUUUAUGCUUUUUUUCAAAAGUACGAACUUGAUCAGUAAAAAUGGUCAAAAUAAGCCCCAAAACUAAUAUUUAUUACCCGAAUCCAAAUUUUACCAUUUCUAGCCAUUCUGGAGCCUCCAGCGCGAUUUUUCAAUUUCUCCAGAAUUUUGAAUUCGCUCCAUAAGAAGACGUGAAUAUGAAGUAUUUAUCGGCACUACAAAAAAGUGUUUUGCACGACAGAUGCUAACGUCCCAAAACCACUUUCUUAACGACAGAAACCGUUUUCAACCAUUGCACAACAAAAAUUCAAGUGCACGCCAAAAAAAUUGAUAAUGAAAUAAAGCGAUCUGUAAAGAACCGUUUUUUUGUUUUGUUUUGUUUUCUUCCUCAAUUAAAUAAAUCGAUGAUUAGGUAUAUUUUUGUUUCAUUAUUUUUUCUUUUUCUUUAAAGGUGGAAAAAAUUUUAAAUGCGAUUAAGAGAUGUGCUUAGCUUGAGGUAGUGGUAUCAGUUUUCUUUUCUUCUUCUUUUAGCUUCUGUGAACAUAAAUAAUAGGUAAUAAAAAUUAAGUAUAAAUUAAUUGACAAAAUUAAAAAUACUUUGGUAAUUUUAUUUUAAUAAUAACAUAGGUAAUUAUUAUUGUAAUUUUCCUACUUUCAACAAUCAUACAUGUUUCUAAGUUUUUUUCACUCAAUCUCUCCCCUCCGAUCGCUCUCUUUGCUUCAAUUGACCGAACAUGAACAUCAUCUCAAAAUUAUCAUUUCAAAAUCAUAAAAACGUACAAAAAUUUCAAAUAAUUUAUCCCCCUCCCUCAUAAAGAAAAAUCAAAUCUUUUUACAAAUUCUAAUGAUUCAUCACUUUAAAACCGUAAAAUACUUGAACAUAAACAGUCAAAUAAUCUAUUCAAAGCAUUAAACUUUAAAACCGUAAAAUACUUGAACAUAAACAGUCAAAUAAUCUAUUCAAAGCGUUAAAUAAAAAUUUCCAUUUAAAAAUUGCAAAAAUGCCUCAAAAUUUUCGAAGCCUUUAAAAAAGAGCAUCGAACAGAAUCAGAAAAUUUUAAACAUUAUCCCCUUUUCUAUUAAAUAAGAAACACCAAAAGUCAAAUCCUAAAAUAUUCGAAAGUAAGUAGGUACUCGUUCAUAAAAUUAUCUUAUGAAUGUUUUUCUGCUAAAAAAAUAUGAUUUUUCUCAGAUCUUAAAAUGUUUACAAAUUUUUUCAUCUUUUUCAGUCGACAAAAAAUUGUUAUGUAUUUAUUUUGAAUAGGUAGCCUGAUUCUACAUUUUUUGAAUUUGCCAUUUUCAAAAAAAAAAGAAAAAAGUCGUUUAGAAGGUCAUCGACACUUGUUAUUUGUUUCACAAUGAAAAUUAGUCAACGAGGAAACAAAUAUUCAAAUCGUUUUUUCACACUAAUAACCUGAAUCAUGACCCCCCCCCUUCCCCAGACCGCUCUCUUUCAUGAAACACUCAGUCAUUCUCGCGUCAGAAAUUAUUUUACAAUAUGACACAAAAGUAGUGCUCCGUGGCUUUUAUUUAUAAGUGGAAAGAGUUGGCGAGAUGAAUGAAACGGCGUUGAGUAGAGACAAAUAAGGACUUUCAAAAGCGGCCUUGAAAAUUUCAAGCCCAUGGACAGGAUGUCCACAAAUUAUAAAACCGGUUUGGUCAAAAAAUUCAAACCGGUUUUUAUAUGCGCAAUGUAUUCUACACACUAAGACGACAAAAACGUGAUAUGAAUUUUUUGAAACCGGUUCAUCAAUUUGCAACCAGUUGAAAAAAAAUACCCAAAAAUUGUAUGAAACAAAAGUUUGUAGUGGUUAGGGGGUGUGCACUUGUGCAGCGUGCCGCCUUGUACUAUGCCGGCCAACUUCUCUUUAGAUUACUCGUGUAGCGAUCUCUAUACUUAUAAGCUUAAACGUAAUGUUAAUGUUGUUUCUUUGCCCUGUGUUGGCUUAAUGAAUUUUAAUGCAUUCUAACACGUUUGCGAUAGCUUCUAGCUCAGUAUAACGGCGAUUAAAUUUGUAUUCUUAAAUAAAAGUAUUUUUACUCUUAUUUGUUAGCCUACAUGGAAGACAUUAUAGCGUAUUGGGAUUAAUUAGAUAUUUGGCUUGUUUAAUUAAUAGGCGGCUAUUUUGUAUGAUUUGCUUUCUUGUAAUAAAUAAUAUCUGAAACGAA